AUGUCUGCCAACGGCGAUCCCAAGUACGACGAUAUCGACUCCGAGUCUGACUCCGGCGAGUCUGUGGAGGAGCAGACCGAGCUCAACGAGGAGAAGGGCCUCAAGCCUGCGCUCAAGAAGUCUUCGAACCCCGUUACCGCCGACACCACAGUCCAGCGCCCCCCUCUCCCCCCGCAAACCGACCCCAAAGACCUCGACGUCAAGACCCUCACCCCUCUGACCCCCGAGAUCAUCGCCCGCCAAGCAACAAUCAACAUCGGCACCAUCGGUCACGUCGCUCACGGAAAGUCCACCGUCGUCAAGGCCAUCUCCGGAGUUCAGACCGUCCGUUUCAAGAACGAGCUGAUCCGUAACAUUACCAUCAAGCUUGGUUACGCCAACGCCAAGAUCUACCAGUGCGACAACGCCGAGUGCCCUCGCCCGGGAUGCUUCAGGAGUUACAAGAGUGAGAAGGAGGUCGACCCUCCCUGCGAGCGCGAAGGAUGCAGCGGUACCUACAGAUUACUGCGCCAUGUCUCUGCUCCACUUAGCUUCGUCGACUGCCCCGGUCACGACAUUCUCAUGAGCACCAUGUUGUCAGGUGCCGCCGUCAUGGACGCCGCCCUGCUGCUCAUUGCCGGCAAUGAAACCUGCCCCCAGCCCCAGACCUCCGAGCAUUUGGCUGCUAUUGAGAUCAUGAAGCUGGACAAGAUCAUUAUCCUGCAGAACAAGGUCGACCUUAUGCGCGAGGAGGCCGCUCAGCAACACUACCAGUCGAUCUUGAAGUUCAUCAGAGGAACUGUUGCCGGAAAGUCUCCCGUCAUUCCCAUCUCUGCCCAGCUGAAGUUCAACAUCGAUGCCGUCAACGAGGCCAUCGUCAACACCAUUCCCGUCCCCAUUCGUGACUUCACCCAGGCUCCCCACAUGAUUGUCAUUCGAUCUUUCGACGUCAACAAGCCUGGUGCCGAGAUCGACGACCUGAAGGGUGGUGUUGCUGGUGGUUCUAUUCUGCACGGUGUCCUGAAGCUUGGCGACGAGAUUGAGAUCCGCCCCGGUAUCGUCACGAGAGACGACAAGGGUGCCCUCAAGUGCACGCCCAUUUUCAGCAGAAUCGUCUCCCUCAACUCCGAGUUCAACGACCUCAAGUAUGCCGUUCCUGGUGGUCUUAUCGGUGUCGGUACCCGUAUCGACCCCACCCUCUGCAGAGCCGAUCGUCUGGUCGGUUUCGUCCUGGGUCUCAAGGGCCAGCUGCCCGAAAUCUACAGCGAGAUCGAGGUCAACUUCUACCUCCUGCGCCGUCUUCUCGGUGUCAGAACCGCCGACGGAAAGCAGGCCAAGGUCGCUAAGCUUACCAAGAACGAGGUCAUCAUGGUCAACAUCGGCUCUACUUCCACUGGUGCCAAGGUUGCCGCUAUCAAGAACGAUGCCGCUAAGCUUGUCCUGACCAGCCCUGCUUGCACAAACAUUGGCGAGAAGGUUGCCCUGUCUCGUCGUAUCGAGAAGCAUUGGCGUCUUAUUGGCUGGGCCACCAUUGCUGCUGGUGUCACUCUUGAGCCCAGCACCGCCUAA